CACAUUAAUAAAAAUCAACAAAUCCAAUGUCCGUUUCGAAAUUGCAAAAGAAGGUAUUCUGUGUUAUCUUCUUCUUUUACCAGUCUUCUUUUACCAGUCACAUAUCAAAAAUCCAUAAAAAUCGUUAUGAUCAAGCAGAAAUAGUUACUGUUGAAAAUCCUGUUGUUGAAUCUGAAGAGUCAUUAAACAACACACUGCUUGAAAUUGAUGAUCAACCCAAUAUGAUAGUGCAACAUGAACCUUAUAAUGCCCAAUACGAUGCUAAUGAAUCAGAUUUAUUUCUAAAAAAUGUUGGUCAAUUUUACUUAAAACUAGAAAAUUUUGUCAUGUAACAAGAGAACAAUUUUAUUCUGCUAAUGGUUCAUGUAAAAUAUACGAAUCAAGGAACAUUGAAUAAUACAAUAAUGCUUUAGACAAGAUUGGAAAUAAAAAUGAUUUUCAAGGUAUCAAAUUCAAUUCAGUUUUCAAUCAAUUAAAAAAUUAUCAUGUCUGUGUACCAGGGUUACCUCCAUGUUUAGGACAUGAUUUAUUUGAAGGAAUUGUAGCCUUUGAUUUGCAAUUAUAUAUUGCUUAUUUGAUUGAUAAUAAGUGGUUUACUUUAAAACAAUUAAACAAGAGAAUUGAGAACUUUAAGUAUUCGACAGAAGAUCGACAAGAUAAACCCUGUACAAUAAGUGCUAUGAACAAGAGAAUAUCUGGAGGUGCUUGCCAAAUUUGGAACUUUCUUAGACUUUUGCCUCUUUUAAUUGAAGGCAAAAUCGAAACAAUUGAUGAUGAAGUGUGGGUUUGCAUACUUCUACUCAGUGAAAUAGUUGAAAUCAUUUGUUCUCCAAUAAUUCAUAAAUCUUGUUUACCUUAUUUACAAUUAAUUAUUUCUCAGUACAUUUUAA